UUGACAUUAAGAUAUGUAUUUUGACUAUAAUGACAGAUGAAAGAUUAAAACGAUAUAUAUAUUUUGAUAUGCCAUAUCCCUCACAUACAUUUACUCAUUUUGCUUUGUGUCAGCCACCUUUUCCCCGACUCAGUUCAUUACUUUCCUUGCUUUUUCUUCUUCUCCCUCUUGCUUAUCCCCUUACACCCUGUCGAGCCUUUCCCCUUCAUUUCUAUCAUUGUUUUAAAAAUAAAUAUUUUCGGGAUGAUUGUUUAUUUUUAUCAAUAGAGGUUUAG